UCCCGCCACCUGCAUCACACCGCCGCCAGCAGCCCGCCAUCAUGAGGUGCCUGGUGCUCGUCUCCCUGCUCUGCUGUGCCGCGGCCUUCCCGCAGGACGCCAUCGAAGGCUCGGACGCCAUUGAGGCGGACCCGGUGCCGGAUGUGGCGGCGCCUCGCGUGGCUGCGUCCCCGCGCACCUCCGUUCCCAACGUCGAGAUCACGAGCCAGAACUUCGACACCGACGAUGAGGGCAACUUCAGCUUCGACUUCGCCUCCAGCGACGGCACGACGGUUGAGGCCAACGGUGGGCCGAAGCGUAUCGGUGACGGCGUCGGCACCGUCAUGUCCGGCAGCUACUCGUAUCAGGAUCCCGACGGCCGGCGGGUGACCAUCAGCUGGGUGGCGGACGAAAAUGGCUUCCAGCCGACAGGCGAUGCCAUUCCCCAGCCGCCUGCCUACGUGGCCGAACUGGUCAGGAACGUCGACACCUUCGUCCCCCCGGCGCCGCCGCUGUCGGUCGGUCCCCGCUUCGGAGCCCCUCAGGCGUCCGAGCCCGUGGUGGAGGAGUUGGUCCAGGAAGAGCUUCCGUCAGCCGACCAGGCCGCUCCUGCCCCUGCUGCUGACGAGCCCGCCCCUGCUGCUGAGGAGGCUGCCGCUGCUCCUGAGGAGGUCGCCCCCGCCGUGGAGGUCGCCCCUGCUGCUGACGAGCCUGCCCUUGCUGCUGAGGAGGUCGCCCCUGCUGCCGAGGAGGUCGCCCCUGCUGCUGACGAGCCAGCCCCUGCUGUUGAGGAGGUCGCCCCUGCUGCUGACGAGCCUGCCCCUGCUGCUGAGGAGGUCGCCCCUGCCGUGGAGGUCGCCCCUGCUGCUGAGGAGGUCGCCCCUGCUGCUGACGAGCCUGCCCCUGCUGCUGAGGAGGUCGCCCCUGCUGCUGACGAGCUUGCCCCUGCUGCUGAGGAGGUCGCCCCUGCUGCUGACGAGCCUGCCCCUGCUGUUGAGGAGGUCGCCCCUGCCGUGGAGGUCGCCCCUGCCGUGGAGGUCGCUCCUGCUGCUGACGAGCCUGCUCCUGCUGCUGAGGAGGCCGCCCCUGCUGCUGACGAGCCUGCCCCUGCUGCUGACGAGCCUGCCCCUGCUGCUGACGAGCCUGCCCCUGCUGCUGACGAGUCUGCCCCUGCUGCUGAUGAGCCUGCCCCUGCUGCUGACGAGCCUGCCCCUGCUGCUGACGAGCCUGCCCCUGCUGCUGAUGAGCCUGCCCCUGCUGCUGACGAACCUGCCCCUGCUGCUGACGAGCCUGCCGCUGCUGCUGAAGAGGAUGCGCCUGCUGAGGCUCCGUAGUUCCCCUCUUGCCUGUAUAGCCGUCAAAGCCUUCCUGCGCCAGCUUUCUGCUCCCGUUUGCUGUUUUCACCACCCACUCGUCGCCGCCGAUCAGCCACAACACGGACGUUGGCGAUCAGCCCAUGACUUUGCCACUCGAGAGCUGUGCGUAUGUUUCUUUCAUCGAUUGUGCAGGUUUGGUGUGUUGUGUUAUCGCGUGGUCAUGUGCAUAACGCAAGAAUAUAUGCAUCAUUUGGAUGA